AUGGCAGCUAUGAGAAAACAGUACGAGGUGACCCGACCAGUGUACUCUGAGGACAGCUUUGCUGAACAGCAUAAGAAAAUCUACAGGAAGCACAAAACCAUCCUUAACCAUGUCAAAGACUAUCUGACUUGUGACUCAAAACGGGCCAAGAAUGCAGUGCUGUCUCUCCUGCCCAUCAUUAGCUGGAUGAGAAUCUACAGAGUUAGAGAGUGGCUGCUGGGAGAUGUGGUGUCUGGGGUCAGCACCGGGUUGGUGGCCAUCAUGCAAGGACUUGCCUUCGCUCUGCUGGCUUCGCUGCCUCCAAGCUACGGUCUCUACACAGCUUUCUUCCCUGUGCUCAUAUACUUCUUCCUCGGAACUUCACGACACAUAUCUGUAGGCUCCUUCCCAGUCCUGAGCCUGAUGGUGGGAGCUGUGGUGACCCGCCUGGUCCCAGAGGUUGGACCUCCAGCCAACAUCACAGACUUUGAGGGUCUGACCCAGGACCAGCAGAGAGUCCUGGUGGCUUCCUCUGUAACAUUCCUCAUGGGGAUUUUCCAACUCACCAUGGGAAUUCUGCAGGUGGGCUUUAUUGUGGUGUAUCUGUCGGACACUUUGGUUUCUGGCUUCACCACAGCAGCUGCUAUUCACAUCUUGGUGUCCCAGCUAAAGUUUGUGUUGGGAUUGAAUGUUCCAGGGAUCAGUGGUCCACUGUCUGCCAUAUAUACUUUGGAGGAGAUCUUUGUUCAGAUCACCUCAACCAACAUCUGUGACCUGGUGAUGUCCAUACUGAUCAUGGUGGUGGUGUUCAUUGUGAAGGAGCUAAAUGACCUAUACAAAGCCAAGCUGGCUGUUCCCAUACCCAUAGAGGUUAUUAUGACUGUCAUCGCUUGUGGGGUGUCCUACGGCUUCAACUUUGAGACAAGAUAUGAUGUUGACGUUGUUGGCAAAAUGGUUAGUGGGUAUGAGUCUCCCAUCCCGCCCAGCAUACAAGUCCUCCAGGAGAGUGCUGUGGAGGCCUUCCCUAUAGCCAUUGUCGGGUUUGCUGUGGCCUUCUCUGUGGCAAAAGUCUACUCUAUCAAACAUGAUUACACCAUUGAUGGCAACCAGGAGCUGAUUGCAUUUGGAGUUAGCAACAUAUUUGGUGCAAGCUUCAGGUCAUUUGCAGCCAGCACAGCACUUUCCAGGAGUGCUGUGCAGGAGAGCUCCGGAGGCAAAACACAGAUUGCAGGGCUAAUCUCAGCUCUAAUGGCGAUGAUUGUAACAGUAGCACUUGGCUUCCUGCUCGAGCCACUUCCCAGGUCUGUCUUGGGUGCCUUGGUGAUCGUCAACCUGAAGGGCAUGCUGAUGCAGUUUAGAGAAAUCCCAUACCUGUGGAGGAAGGACAAACUAGAAUGUGUGGUGUGGGUGGGAACGUGCCUGGGUGCCACCCUGCUGGGACUGGAUAUUGGUCUGGGUGUGGGCCUCGGGGUGGAGCUACUCACUGUCGUCUUCAGGACUCAAUUCCCCCGCUGUUCCAUCUUGGCUAACAUACCUGGGACUGACCUCUACAGAGAUCGCAAAGAUUACCUUCAUACAUUUGAAACACAAGGAGUAAAAAUCUUCCGGAUACCUGCACCUAUUUUCUUUGCCAACACUGAGUUCUUCAGGGACAAACUUGUCGAAGCUGUGGGAUUUAAUCCUCUGAGGGUUUUGAGGAAGAGGAACAAGGCCCUCAGGAAAAUCAAGAAAUUACUAAUGAAAAGAGACCAUGGCAUUACAGAGACAUGCUUGAUGGAUUUAUUCCACACAAGCCUUCAUGAUGAAGUCAUGAAGGCUUGUGUGGAUCUACAGGCACUGGACCUGCCAACAGACCUCAAGAACCUUCCAUUCCAGAUGAACUGGAAUGCUGAGCUUCCUGACAACAUCAGUGUUCCCAGAGUGGACCUCCACAGCCUGAUCCUGGACUUCUCUGCUGUCUCCUUCCUGGACAUCUCUGCUAUGAAGGGACUCAAAACGAUGCUCAAAGAGUUCAUCCGAGUUGAUGUAGAUGUUUACAUUGUUUCUUGCGAUGCUUACAUCCUGGAGAAACUGAACAGCUACAUGUUCUUUGAUGAUGAGAUUCUGACCUCCAUGUUCUUCCCAACCCUGCAUGAUGCCAUGCUGAACGUAUUUGAAAAAUACAAUGAGAACAGGAUUCGAGGCUGGGUGGUAAAAGACACUAAACUGUAGAACAGCAACUGUCUCUUGCAACAUCCAUUCAAGAAGAACUUUUUACAACAAUUCCAUGUUUAUACUGAAACAUUUUAAUCUCAUAUUCCACUAUGUUGUUCCUGUGCAAUGUUGUUGAUUUUGUAUUUCUUUUAAACACACCCUCCCAUUUUGUUUUAAAAAGUUAUUUUAAAUAGUCUGCUGAAAUCCAUCAUUUCAACUAAUUUCAUUAGAGAUGAUUCAGUGUGGAUUAAGCAGUGUAUAGAUAAUGAAUGGAUGGAUGGAUGAUUCAGUGUUUGUUGUCAUAGGCCUUGUUAUAAUCUGCUGCCACUUCCCUUUUCAAACCAUGCAAUAAAUCUUUAAGACACCCAUAAUCAUGUAUAUCUAGCCUCAUAUUAGCUGGUUUUUGAAUGCUCAAAAGAG